AUGAUCUUUAAUUUCGUGUCCCUGCCACGAUUCCUCUUGGGUCAAGGCGGGGGAGCAGUCGGCGUUCUCGCAGGAGCAGACAGCAAGCCGCAAUGGGUAUCGAUGCGGGAGGGGCACAUUCUUGUCCAUGAGCUUCAGGCCAUGUCGUGUUGGGCUUGUCGACUAAGGGCGACCGAGGACGGAGACAUUCUCGCGAUUCCGAGCGCAUGUCCGGGAGGGGGUAACGGCAGUAUGGUCGCUGGCACUGCGAAGGAUCGGCGAGCAGUCAGCAAAACUUCGAAGAUCAUGCAUAAUGCAGAUGGCCUAUGCGGUUUUUGGGGCCUUGCGAUACCGCCGAGUAGCGUCCUGUUGCUUACCGCAAAGUCUCAUACCUCGCCUGUCUACCUCUUAGACGAGGCAUUUCAAGUGACAUCACUUGCAGACGAACUCAUUAUUGGUGGCGCGACCAUGGCCGACGUGGUUGAGGCACUUGGGAUACCCCAGGAUGCGAAUGACCACCAAGCUGGACUGCUUUUGCAUGGCAGCCCAUUCGGAGACCAUGACGAGCAAAUGGCGAUAGGUGUCUCCAUACAAGAGUACUACAUAUGGGAUUCCACCCCCAGCAAGGACUCCUGUGACGACAACCACACACCGGAGUGGUCCACCCUCGAGGAUCAAGGGCUACGUCAGUCGCCAUUUGGCGAACACAGUGCAUCCAUCGACAUGGAUGCCGAGCUGAACGUAGGCCUCUCCAUGGAGGAGGGCACUGCCGGGGCAUUUGGCGGGGACAUGUACGUCCCGCCGGACGUCAACAUGGCGCGGUCGUCCAGUAUGUCGAUGCCACGAGAAUAUGGCGCGCCCGUUGCAGGGCCGUCGCGAUUCCCGGGUGCACUCGGCGACUCGACCGACUGGCAUGGGGGGAGAGCCAAUCUCUCCCAAACUCAAACAUCGUGUGGGGAUUCCGUAUCCCUCGCGAUCGCCCCUGGUCUGCUGUACGCAGAGCAGGGUGCGACCACAACCGAAUACGAAGUUACCAUCGCCGAAGAUGAGGGUGAAGAUGACCUCGACGCCUAUGACGAUGGAUCAGAUGGCAACGAGGACGACGCUUUCAUUCUCGACACCGAUGACGACGACAGCAUGCAUCUUGUGUCCAACGAGGGCGAGUCUGCAAUUCUCGAUGACGACGUCAACAUUGAAGCAACUGGCGACUUACCACUGGUCGCCACUCCCCUCGACAGACCCAUAACGCACUCCCACACUCACGCGUUCUAUGGAAACAGCGGGUUGACGCUGCCCGAUGUCUCGCGUGGGCAAAAGCGCAGGGCUAAUGAUGGCAGCGAGGACAAGGCUAACGAGAAAACGGUGAAGAAGGCCCGGAAGGGCAAGGCGAAGGACACUGCUCAGACGAAGGAGAAGACCAAGACAAAGGGCAAGGCAAAGGCAAAAGGUAAGGCGAAGCGUAAGGCAAAAGAAAAAGCAGGCAACGCGAAGAUCAAGGUCAGAGGUAGUGGAGGGCAGUUCCCGUGCCUGAAGCCUGGCUGCACAAAGUCGUUUCGACGCAUCACCGACAGAAAUCGCCAUCUCAGAUCCAGCUGUUCAAAGGAAAAGACAGGCGACCUCGAGAAACCCCGCUGCUCCCACUGCAAUAAGCAGUUCUCCAGGGGUGAUGCAGUCAAGCGACACGUUGAUGACGGUGCGUGUCCUGCCUUGAAACAGCCACCUGGAGAGUCGAAGGAGUCCGGAGCGUCGAGUGACGGGAACGACGGAAAGCGCAAGGGUGGAGAUAAGGGCGGUCGUGGUGGAGGAAAUGGAAAGGGCGGUCGCGGCGGAGGAAGGAGCGGUCGUGGUAGAGGAAGAGGAGGUCAUGCCUAA